UAUCGACGCAAAUUAACAUGGGGCAAAUACAGAGCAAGAUGAUUCUUAUCGCAGAAACAGCUGUUCCAUGCUGAGUAAUGUAUGUGUUUCAUAAAGAAAGAAAAGAAUAAAUUACAUACAUUACAGCGACGGAAAAAAACCGAUAUUUUAUAUUAACUGAAACUCGUUAAUAAUUAAUACUAACAUUAGCUGCGAUAAAAGUUAUGUGCAACAAGAAAUAAUUGAACGAUUAAGCAUGGAUGUGGUGACUACGAGCUUAGAAGCUCUUAUACAGAGAGCUACAAAUCCACAAAAUCAGAAGCCCGACAUAGCAGCCACUGAAGCAUUCUGUGUGAUGCUCAACCGAAUGCAAGAACCUGAAGGUGUACAAAUAGGCACCAAAUUGCUGGCAACACAUAUCCAAUCAUUUAAUGAAUCAGAGGCACUGCAAGCUCUCUCGUUAUUAGAUACUUGUAUGAAGAGAUGCGGCCCAUUAUUUCAUGCUGAAGUUGGAAAAUUCCGUUUUCUUAACGAGAUGAUAAAACUUGUUUCACCCAAAUAUUUAGGCAGUCGCACUACACCAAGUGUACGACAAAAGGUUCUCCAACUUCUUUAUGCAUGGAUCAGAGAAUACCCUCGUGAAUCAAAAAUUAAGGAAGCCUAUGAAAUGCUGAAAAAGCAAGGAGUUAUUGAGGAAGAUACAGCAUUUAUAAUGGCCAACAGUGAGGAAAGUCAAAAGUCGUCUAAGAUAAAGAACAAUAUAUUUGAAAAUGAAGAAAUGUCGAGGCAUUUACGCAAGUUACUUCAUAGCAAAGAUCCUUAUGAUUUGCAGACUGCAAACCGAUUAAUCAAGGUUAUGGUGAAAGAGGAUGAAGAAAGAUUGCAAUUGAGUUCACGAAGGAGCAUGGAAUUAGAAUCGGUGCAUAACAAUGUGAAGUUGCUAUCAGAAAUGUUGGAUUCAUAUAAUCAGAGCGAGACUAGUGCUGAGGAUCUCGAAUUGAUGAAGGAGCUGCAUCAAGCCUGCGAACGACUUAAACCUAUUCUAUUGAGACUCGCCAACGAGACACAAGAUAAUGUUGAAAUGCUCGGCGACGUGCUGGCUGCAGGCGACGAGUUGAACCAAGUCUUUGAGAAAUAUACAUCUAUUAUCGUUCUUGGGCAAUCUCAUAAAUCUUCUAUGACGGAAAUUUCUAAGGCAAAUUACAAUAACGGAUCAUCUCUGCUGGACUUGUCGUCCCCUACUGAAAGUGGUUCCUGUGAUAGCGCUUUAAAUACGACGCACAAUACAACGUUAAUGGACCAUUGCUCCGAUAUGGAAAUGCUGGGGGAUAUCUUCAGCGUGCUGGAGAAACCAUUCAAAUCGGACACAAAUCUUUUAAUGCCGAAUACUAUCAUGCAACCAAUCAGUGUCUCGUCUGUGAACAAGAAAAACGAAGUUACCAACAUUGGCGAAGAAAAGAUAGAUAGCAAAGCAAAAGCACUCGAAGAGUUAAAUGAAUUAGGAGAAACUUUACUUAAACAAAGCUUGUCGAAUGCUAUGUCAACUGCACGCUCGUCACAAGGCAAAGCGAACAGUAAUACAUUAAAAACUCAAGGCACCAGUGAUUCUAUUUGGAAACAAGAUUGGUUACACGAUUUUAGCAACAACACGUCGCAGGCGGAACAGCCAGAUGCAAAGAAAUGUGAAACAAAAACCAAUUCUAACAUUUCUGCAUCCUUGAAUUCAUCAAAAAUUAAUGCAAACGCUGAUGUAUCGUGCAAUAAAAAUAUUAAUUCGGAAACUUUGGAUGCGAGAUUGCAACAGCAAAAAAUAGCGCAGAAUGGUGCGUCGACGUUAACAGACGUCGAGCCCGAAAUCAAACCAUUAACUGAUAUCAUCGUCAAUCUUGAAGACAUUAAACCAGGUAUAAACCCACCUCUAACAGUAAUCGAAGAAAGAAAUGGUAUAACUGUAGUGCUUCACUUUGCUCAGGAUAGCCCUAGACCCGAUGUAUUUGUAAUAGUAAUUACUACGAUGAGCAAAAAUGCAAAACCGCUUAGUAAUUAUUUAUUUCAAGCAGUUGUGCCCAAGAAAUGUAAGUGCAAGCUGCAAGCACCUUCCGGAACAAAAUUGCCAGCACACAAUCCAUUCCUUCCACCAUCUGCAAUCACGCAAAUUAUGCUGGUUGCAAACCCUCUCAAGGAGCCUGUAUCUUUAAAGUUUAUGCUAAGUUACACGAUGGACGAUGAGACGCUUACAGAAAUGGGUGAAGUGGACAAAUUACCUCAUCUAUGAGAGCUGACGAAGCUUUUCUGCGAUCUCUGUGCAAUAUUGCGCUCGUAUUCGUCGUGUCCUCAGCAGGUUGAAAAUAAUAUAAGAAUAUUCCACUUAUUGCAAUCGAAUUAUUUAAAAAUAUGUGCAAUGAUAAAAAUGAUUAGAUAUCCUUUACACUACUUUAAGCUUAGAAUGCAUAACAAUCUGAAUAAAUUAAUCAGAGGGCUAUCUUAUAGGUGUAAAUUCUAUAUAGACUACUCCAAAUACAUAAGAAGAUAAAGACGAAAAAUCUAGUAAACUUAUAUGAUAAGAGUGUGCUUAUGAGGAAUAGUUUCUUGUAAUAUUUCAAACCUGCUAAAUAGAAACAAUAAGGUAAGACUCGAUUGUUACUUAUUAGUGAGAGCAUACAAGUGAUGACGUUCUAUUAAUUUAUCGUACUUUUAUUCAAAUGUAAUAAUGAUUUAAAAAUCACAUUUAUUCUUUCUCAAUCAGUCAAGAUCAACUCUUUAAGUGUUAAUGACGUGUAUAUAUACAUCAUUCCAAAAAGUAUUUUUCAUGUAUCGAUUUUGAUAAAAUACGGUAUUCAUAAGUUUUUCAAAGUCGCUAAAUCUUCAUUCAAAUCUCUAAUUAAAAUUUUCGAAUUUAAUAUGGCAGCAUGACAUUUAAUGCAGCUGAUGCAAAUUUAAGAAAUGUUAUAGUUUGUUUAAAAAAUAUUUUUAUUUUAAGAUUUUAACUCGCAUACUAUAUUCAAAUUGAGUAUCAAUAAGAAUUUUUUAAUUUAUAUUAUAUUUUUACUUUACAUUUAUUUUUUCUUCUUAACAAUUUAUUUCCUAAUUUUUAAAUUAAAGAUUUCUAAAACUUCUCUUGAAGAAGAACUUUUAUAUAAAAUUUGAAUUUCUAAUUUGCCACAUUUAAUUUGCAAUUUUUUAAAUUUCAAAAUUUUUAUAGGUUUAAAUUCAGUGCUUUAAGCCCCCCCCCUCCCUACAUGAAUAAUACAAUUUUACAAUUGUUUCUUUAUAAAAAUCGUUUUCAGUAAUAAAACAUUUAUUUUUCCUAACAUUUAAGGAGUUAAAAAACAACACUAUCUUAUUUUGCAUGAAUAUUGCAAGAAAACUAUUUAAAAUGCAACCGAUAUGUUACUUCGUGAUAAUUAUUAUAUCACAAAAUAAUAUAUAAAGUAUAAUACGGCACUUACUUGUACAAGAUCGACUUAUUGUAUUAUAUUUACAUAGGUUAUAUAGUAAUAUAAUAAGUAUCACAAAACGGUUGCAAGUCAUGCAUUCUAGAAUUGAAUUGGUGAAAUAAGUAUUAAAAUUGAAAGAGAGAGAAAGGAAAGCUGAAGAUCCUUGAAUAAACGAGGAUAAAUAUAAAUUAUUUAUUGUUAGUAAAUUGUUAUGAAUAUCUGUCGACUAGAAUGUUGCUAUUCUCCCCAAUCGGUUCGUUUAUGUACUUAAGGCUAUUUUCUUACUACAAUCAUUAUAUUAAAUUGUGAUGUAGGAAACGAAAAGCUAUUUAUAAGCAACAAGUAUAGAUAGUGUAGAUAGUAUAGAUUCUAUACUAUCAAAUGACAUUUCAAUAUACACUGCAAAAAUUCA